AUGCCUCCCGCCGCCCCGUCUGUCGCCCGGAGCCGGGAGGGAGGAGGGAGUCGGACAGCGGCGGCUGCUCUUCCUCCCCGGAGUGCGCGGCGGACCCUCCCGCGCCCUCUCGCGCUCUGCCUUGGCCUCUGCCUGGCUACGGCCGUAGCCAUUGCACUGCCCGGUUUGUCGCUGAGGAUAUCACAGUGAUGUCUGCAUUCAACCUGCUGCACUUGGUGACAAAGAGCCAGCCAGUGGCCCUGCGAGCCUGUGGGCUGCCCUCAGGGUCAUGUAGGGAUAAAAGGAACUGUAAAGUGGUCUUUUCCCAGCAGGAACUGAGGAAGCGGCUGACACCCCUACAGUACCAUGUGACUCAGGAGAAAGGGACUGAAAGUGCCUUUGAAGGAGAAUACACACAUCACAAAGAUCCUGGAAUAUAUAAGUGUGUUGUCUGUGGGACUCCAUUGUUCAAGUCAGAAACCAAAUUUGACUCGGGUUCAGGUUGGCCUUCCUUUCACGAUGUGAUCAGUUCGGAGGCCAUCGAGUUCACGGACGAUUUCUCCUACGGGAUGCACAGGGUGGAGACAAGCUGUUCUCAGUGUGGUGCUCAUCUCGGGCACAUUUUUGAUGAUGGACCUCGCCCAACCGGCAAAAGAUACUGCAUCAACUCGGCAUCCUUGUCCUUCACCCCUGCAGACAGCAGCGAGGCAGAAGGAGGCAGUGGCAGAGAGAGCGGCAGCCCAUCGGCAGCAGACAGAGCUGAGCUGUAGGAUCACGGGGAGAGGUGGAAACAAAGUGUACUUAAUACCCAGCUGAUCAAAAACCCCAAAACGGUUUAUCUUAACAGAGCUAUUUUUUCAGAAGCUAUAAGGGCAGUUUACGCUGUUGCAACUCUUCUCUCUUUUUUGUCCAGACGGGAAUUCUGCCCAUCUAUGUAUCCUGCUAUUGACUAGGUCCAGAGA